CUGGUUAAUGUUUGUCUGGUUCCUCUUGGGCUGUGGGCCAUAUCUGGCUCCGGCCCUGGGCUCUUUGUCCCUCCCCUGGCCUGGGCUGACAGCACCUAGUGGCAUAGUGCAGACACACCUGCAGACAUUCCCUGGGAAAGGGCAGCAGCAACCAGGUGUGAAUGAGGCAGGAUGAACUGGACAGGUUUGUACACCUUGCUCAGUGGCGUGAACCGGCACUCUACCGCCAUUGGCCGGGUAUGGCUCUCCGUCAUCUUCAUAUUCAGGAUCAUGGUGUUGGUGGUGGCCGCGGAGAGUGUGUGGGGUGACGAGAAGUCGUCCUUCAUCUGCAACACCCUUCAGCCUGGCUGCAACAGCGUCUGCUACGACCACUUUUUCCCCAUCUCCCACGUGCGGCUGUGGUCUCUACAGCUCAUCUUGGUUUCCACCCCAGCGCUCCUCGUGGCCAUGCACGUGGCUCACCAGCAGCACAUAGAAAAGAAAAUGCUGCGACUCGAGGGCCAUGGGGACCCGCUGCACCUGGAGGAGGUGAAGAGGCACAAGGUCCACAUCUCAGGGACGCUGUGGUGGACCUACGUCAUCAGUGUGGUCUUCCGGCUACUGUUUGAGGCCGCCUUCAUGUACGUCUUUUAUCUGCUCUACCCUGGCUACGCCAUGGUGCGGCUAGUCAAGUGUGAGGCCUACCCCUGCCCCAACACAGUGGACUGCUUCGUGUCCCGCCCCACGGAGAAAACCGUCUUCACUGUCUUCAUGCUGGCCGCCUCUGGCAUCUGCAUCAUCCUCAACGUGGCCGAGGUCGUGUACCUCAUCAUCCGGGCCUGCGCCCGCCGGGCCCAGCGCCGCUCCAAUCCGCCCUCCCGCAAGGGCUCGGGCUUCGGCCACCGCCUCUCACCUGAAUACAAACAGAAUGAGAUCAACAAGCUGCUGAGCGAGCAGGACGGCUCUCUGAAGGACAUACUGCGCCGAAGCCCCGGCACUGGGGCCGGGCUGGCUGAGAAGAGCGACCGCUGCUCGGCCUGCUGAUGCCACACACCAGGCAACCUCCCAUCCCGCCUCCCCCCACCCCCUCUACCACCUUGCCUCAGGCCUGCCCCUCCUUCCCCUCUGCCAGGGUGCAGGCCUCUGCCUGCUAGGGACUGCUGGAUCAAAAUUGUCCUUCUCUCCCUCGUUCCCUUCCUUCCCCUCACCCCAGGGCUUUCUGUCUGGGGGGCCCCAGGAGUGGGGAACCAGAGGCCACCCACAUGAGUGCUCAAGGUUGUUGGGGGUGUGGGCAGCUCUUCUCAUCUGUACCCCCUUUCUCUUCCCUCUCCCUCUCCCUGCGGCCACUGGGGACAGGAGAUAGGAUGCUCUGACAGCAUCCAAUUGUGAAACUAAUCUUAACCCCAUGUUGUCAGAUACCCUAUUUCUGGAGUCACAUCAGUGGGGAGGGAAGUGGGCAAGUGGAAUGGAAGGAGGGUGGUGUGGAUGUGUGGGUGGAGAAGGGAGGGUAGGAGAGGCAAGAAAAGGAAGAAUAGGGCUUUGCGUGCCGGUCUUGAGGAAAAGGAGGACAGGUCUGGGGAGGAGGAAUUAGGGAGGGAGGGAGGAGCAGGCAGAUAAGUUCAAGUGGGAGUUGGUCAGGGCCACCCUUGCCUCUAGUUCCCAAGGCCUCUCUCUGCCUGGAAUGUUACACAUUAAACAGGAUUUUACAGUAAACGAA